AAAAUAGAGAUACUUUCAAUAAGUUGUCCUCAGGGUCACCGUGAAGAAAAAAGAAGAAAAGCCAGAGUUUUAUUACCAGAUUCCCCACCUAGUUUAUUAACAAAAUGAGGCGACUCAACACCGGGAAUAAAAAAGCAUCAUUGUUGCUCGGCUUUCUCUCCCACCAGCACCAAAUCGCCCUUGUGACCGGCAGGAUAGGUCGUGGUGGCCGAAGUAGAGGGAAAAAUAGUGGAGAGAAGAAUCUUCACGCAGCCGCUCCUUUCACGACGCAGCAAGAGGAAACACAAACUACACCAUCAGCAUUUCACGCCGAAACUAAAAGUCUCCUCGACCUCGACGAAGGAGGGGGUGUCCUCCAGGAGCCCAAAAUAAAUACGGGAGAGGAUGAUGAUAGUACAACUAGCACGACCUUCGACCUCGAGGCGCAUGAAAACGCGUUUUCCGCACUGGAGAUAAAUUUCAGCGUGAAGAUGUUGAACAAGGAGAAGGAAAACGAGGUGGAGGCGAAACACACUAAAUUGAACGUCGAGGAGGAGAAAAUGAGCAGCAAAGAGGGACGAGAAAAUGUCGAAAAAACAUCCUCCGAAAGAACGGCCUCCCAAUACGAGCAGAAGAAAGAACAGACUUCUGCUAAGCAACUCUCCGCUGCUACCGCUGCUGCGCCGAAGAAAAAAGACGAGGAAAGCGAGGACGAUGAGGGCGGGGAUGACGACUAUGGGAGUGUAGUCAGGUUUGAAGUCGACAAAGUUGUCCACUUGCUAGACCUGCAAGACAGGCACUCUGUGCAUGGCUUUUCAUGCAUGGCAAAUCCCAUUCCAACUUUGUCAAUCUCGGUCCUCUGGGCGCUUCCAUAUUUGCGACGGAGAUGAUGAUGAUGACGGACACGGAGAUGAGGACGAGUAUGGAAAUUGAAAGCUCCAACCGAAUUCUGAGGCGUGAAUCGAAGCAUAAUUGCUGCAUCAAAUUAUCACCAGGAUCAUGAACAAGCACUGUGUGAACGAACUCCUGCGCUGCACGGAGCUACUUCACCAUAACAAGAACAGAGGAAAUUUGUUGAUAUUUCAGAAUUCGUUUUUACCCCUUCCAUACCCUCGGCGGAGAAGACGAGCACGAGGAGGGCGGGGAAGACGAAGGUACCGAGGAGGAGGAGGAGGAUCCCAAAAAAGCGAAAAAGGACGCCGCUAUCGCCGCCAAGAAAGGCGCGAAGUCAGCUGCACCUCCUGCGAAAGCGGCAAAACCGGCAGCGAAAAAAGAGGAACCGGAGGAGGAGGAGGGUGAAGAGGAAGAGAAUUAUCUGGCGGAAAAGAAAGUUGAAUCGUUUUCAUCAGUCAAAGCACACGGUAGAAACAUCGCGCACACACCCACAAUUGAUGCAUGACUUCACCUCUCAUGGUCGGGAGCGGAAAGAACUACAUGUUUGGAGCAUAGCCCUACAAGAUUGUUAUAUUUUUUCUUGUAGACGAGGACGACGACGAGCCGACUGACGGAUCGAUACGUUUAAAUCUUUUCUGAAUCUCCAUACCGGCGAAGAGGGAGGUGACGAUGACGCAGAAGAAGAUCGCGACGGUGACGAUGCUGAACCGAAAAAAGGCAAAGACAAGAAAGCCGCGGCGGGGGGUAAAAAAGGGGGUACUAAAAAGCCCAAAGGUAUGGGGGUGUCAGAAUCGAAAUCGUCAAAGUUGAAAUAGUUUGUCAUGCAUAAAAUGCAGCCCACAAAGUGCCUGUCUUGCAGAUUAGGCACGUCAGGCAGAUUGUAAAUUUCCUGUUGAGGGGAAGGGGUAGACAUUGAGAUGCUAAAGUAGCAUGACAAAAGGCGUCUUCCUUACGCAAACAGCAUGAUAAACUGACUUUCGGCUCUGCCCAAAUUUGUCAUGCGCCACUUAGCAACUGGGUUACACUUACAACUUUCAUCCAUUUUAUGCAUUACAAGUCAUUUCAACUUUGUCGAUUUCAAUUCUGACACAUCCAUAAAAGGCCCAGCGAAGAAUCCGGAGGAGGAACAAGCGGAAGAAGAGCCAGCGGAUGAUAAACCGAAGAAAAAAGAACCCUGCUGUGCGGGCGCGGCGACGGAGAAAAUGCACAAAGCAGCGGACAAGAAAAUCCGAAAGACCGGCAAUCUUGCGGAAGAUGACGAUGAGUUUCUGCACAGCUGUGGCUGCUCCAACUCCUCCGCGCUCCUGCUCAUUUUCUGCCUGACCCUCCUCUGCGGCAUGAUCGCUUUUAUCGUGCACAGCUACAAGCGGCAACAGUUUCUCGCGGAGCGCGGGGCCGGGCACGCGCACAACUCCGCGGCACGAGCGAACGCGCACAAGGGCGUCGACACGCAGGGUUUCGGCGGCGACAACCUGGAUAUCAACGGCAAAUAUGUCUGGACGGUCUGCAAAUCUGUAUUGCGCAUUUUUCUUGACUUGAAAAUCUGUGAUGCAUGAACCGGAUCGGGAGCACCACAGCGCGACUGUCUACCAUGCAAAAGCAAAACUUGUCAUGCUAACUCCGCAUUGCGUACACCACUUGCUUCAAGAACCUUUUGAUGCUUAGCUAGAUGCUGAGGUUCGUCUCUUAUGGAGCGAGUAGCAUCACAACUUUCCAAAGAGCGCAGACAUAUUUGCAAUGCAUACUGGACGACAUCAAGUUUCCGGCCGGUGGUGGCACAGCACCCCGACCAGAACGGAUGAAAGGACCGCCGGAGCAGUAUCAAAUAAAGGAGAAAUCCCCCGUCCCCCUAUCAAAACGAAGUUUCUGAUGCAGGAUUUGCGUACACAAAUCAGAUUUGUCUUGCUGGAGAGGAAUGCAGGCCCAUACUAAGCCUAAGUCUAGAGGUUUUGGCCUAGGCGUCUAGCAUGAGAAACGUCCACACUGUAGGCCCAUCAGCAUCACAAACCGCCUGCACAAUGCUGCGGAGCUUGUGGAGUUGUCUUCUUGCAAGACAGACGCGAUUUGUGGUCUCAAAUCAGCAACGCAAAUUUCCGGAAACAUACCCCUUCGAUAUGGGGAGGGGGGAUGUUUCCUUUUGAUAAGCAGGGGAAGGGCAUGUCCCCGGCUGGCAGUCCAGGCGCAGGCUGGGGCAUGGGGGGCAAGGGGCCAGUCGCGGCGAACACGUGGGCUCCGUUUCAGGAUUGGCGGACGUAAAUUUUUCUUGGUAUCUUCGAAGAUCUUCUUGGGGUCGUGCUGUGAAUGGAAUUAUUGAUUUCUUCACAGGCUAUCUCAAGCGGGGAGUGGAGAUCAACUUCUUUUCAGUUUUCCACUGCUGUUCUAGCAAGUUUGAAGAGAGGAAGAGAAACUAUCAACGUUCCAGGAGGCAGGGACAAACUGGAACCUCUUCUAGUUUAUGACAGACAACAAAGAAGUUUCGUUCUCAUUGACUUUUGACAAUAACUUUUGACAACUUUCAGUUAUGAUCGACCUUUAGUUUCAACGCAGAAAAUAUGUACUUACCUAAAGUUUCAGCUUCAACUAGAGUACUGCUCUUGAAAUUAAUUCACACCGGAUUUUGAUAUGCCGGGGAUGAGAAGCCCGCAAAUUAAGUAAAAUGUACAAAAAUCCGCUUAAAAGAUCAGCUUUCGGAACAAAGAUUUGUCCGUUCGAGACAUGUACACAAUGAAUUCAAAAGCAGAUGCAGAUGAUUGGGUACCACCGAAAUUGAAAAAUUUGGAAUUGUACGCUGAAAACCUGUACAGUAGUAGCGAUGAUUUUUAAGAAUAAGAUGUCGAUUUCGAUA